AUACAUCCAGUACCCAGCCACUUCUCACCACGUCCACUGUGACAUCCUUAGUUCCAGCCCCUGGAUUAUCCUGAAUGGGCUCCCUGCUUCUUUCUUUCAUCCUGGUUCCUUCAAGUUACUUGGGAGCUGAUCAAGACUUCAAGCUAAAGAUGGUGAUGAUGAGUCGCCUGAGGGUCAUUCUUCAAGCCUCUCCAUGCAAGGCACAGUGGAGAAGGUUCCAGAUUCCGAGGUCCAUGCUAGCAAGGCCCUGCAGCCUCUACACCUGUACUUACAAAACCCGGAACCGAGCCUUGCACCCUCUCUGGGAGAGCGUGGACCUGGUCCCGGGGGGUGAGCGCCAGUCGCCCAUCAACGUCCGGUGGAGGGACAGUGUCUACGAUCCUGGCUUAGAACUGCUCACCGUCUCUUACGACCCGACCACCUGCCUCCGCGUCUGGAAUAACGGGUACUCUUUCCUCGUGGAACUUGAAGACUCUGCAGAUAACUCAGGUGAGAGCCAGACCUGUCUGUGGUCUCAUCUGGAGUUAAAGGGACAGUUUCAUGUCAGCACAGGCCACAUCGCAAGGCCUCCAUGGGAGUGGAGACCUCUUUUGUUAGCAGUGGCACGGGACUCACGGGACUCUUUUUUUCGUUGUGUGAUACGAAUAAGGCUGCUGAAUUAUUUUGGAGCAAUCCUAUAUGGUCAGGCAGUACUUCUUUUAGUGGUGUUUCAGCUGUACUUGGUACAUCAGAAUGCAAUCCAAUUUGAAAGCUUUGAGGAUGCAGCACUGGAGGAAGAUGGUUUGGCUAUGGUAGGAAUAUUUUUUAAGCUAGGCAAAUAUCAUAAAGAGCAACAGAAACUGGUGGAUACUACGGCAUCAAUUACGCAUUAGGACAUGCUUGUGGAAUUUGGGUCAUUCGACCCUUCCUGUCUGAUGCCUACCUGCCCAGAUUACUGGACCUACUCAGGGUCCCUGACUAUCCCGCCACUCUCUGAGUCUGUCACUUGGAUCAUUAAGAAGCAGCCCAUAGAGGUUGAUCAUGAUCAGCUUGAGCAAUUUCGGACCCUGCUCUUCACUUCUGAGGGGGAGAAAGAGAAAAGAAUGGUGGACAACUUCCGCCCCCUUCAGCCCCUAAUGAACUGCACUGUCCGCUCAUCCUUCCCUCACGACUAUGUGCUGAACAUACAAGCAAAACCCAAGUCGUCUACCAGCCAAGUGACCCCCUUAGACGCCAUUAUCUAGGUGGUAUCUUGCUUAAAUAUAUACUAGUUCUUUAAAAAUUGCUAACUAGACUCUUCUAAAUGCCUGCAUUUAAUAAUUAUGGAUGUGCCUUUCUUGGUAUGGCAGCGCUCCUUAGUCUUUGAGGGAAGCUCUUUGGUAAACAAAUUCUUACUUUUAUUGAUAAUGAUGUUUAUCAUUAAGUACCAGCAAGAGACACAGAUUUCUCUUAUAGCAACCUGCUGGUAAUUGUAAUGUCUUUCUAUGUGUGACAUUUUUGAGCUGUCUUUUUACUGAUAUGUUUAUCAACUGGUGGUUCUACAGAGUUAUAAGUAGGGAUGAUAAUCAAAAUAUUUAACAACUGGUAAGGCACAGACACUGAGCAUCCAGAAUGCAGGCUUUUCAGAAACAGCCACAGGACCCAGAUUGGUACUUCUUGGCUGAACAUUGGCUAUGGUUUUAGGUAUAUUUUAUUUUAAAACAUGAAUGAGUAUUCUUUUAUAAGGCCUUCUCAAUGGGUAUAUUUGCCUCGAUUUUCACUUGUCAUUACUAGUACAGGACAUGAUUACUUACUAUCAAUUUAUAAUAUAGAAAAAAUAUUUUGUGAGCUUCCUUGGCGGCGGAGUGGUUAAGAAUCUACCUGCCAAGUCAGGGGA